GAAUAACUUUUCACUCAUUCUUCUCUCGUUCAACUGGCUGAUCUUCGGUGCCAAUUAGCGAAGACAGAUAUUGAUGAAGAUAACAGUCACCAAAUCUAUUUAUUAUAUAUACACUACAUGGAUUUCUCGAGUAUCCUUCAAGACUUACUAACUACACCGACAGAAGCACCAACUGAACAUACUACUACUGCUAUAAGUAGUAGUAAUACUCGCAGGAAUAAAAAAUUCUGUUUACUCCGAAGUCAUGGAUUAGCUGUACAUGAAAUAUUCUUCACUGAGUGUAUUCAUCAAUUCUUACAGCAGCAUUAUCCUACACUAACUACUGUUCAAUCUUAUGGAGACAAGCAGAAUAACAACAGCGGUGGUAUCAGUUCAUCGGAAGAUGAGAGAAAAAACAGCAGCAGAAGCAGCAGCAGCAGGCGUAUGCCUUGUAACAUUAUUAUUAUAUGCAUACAUAAAUCAUGGGAUAUAUAUCGAAAGCUGUUAAAUCCAAUUUAUACAAGUCAUCCUCAAAUUAAAGAAUCUUUGCAUAUUAUUGAUAUGACAGUUGGAAUGAAAGAGAUAUUAUCAUCAACAUCGUCAUCGAAUCAAUCCGCGGAAUCAAAUCUCCCUGAACAAAUGAAGAAGAAUUGUACAACAUCAGAUGUACAACCUAAUAAUAUUGAGGACAGUAUGAUUAGAAAUUAUAUCAAGAAUAAGGUAGACAAGCUGCUAAAACCUUCCUCUUCUGAAGGAGAAGGUGAUUCCAUGAAAUCAACCGGAGAUCAAAAUGUUGGCAUUUUUAUUGAUAAUUUAACUACCCUAUAUGAUUUAGGUGUCAGUGUACGUGAAUUAGAGAAUAUGAUAUCCAGCUGGUGCUGUUAUCCUCAUUCAAAUGUUGACAAUGAUAAUUUUGUAAAAACGUCUUCAUCAUCAUCAUCAUUAUUCAUGCACAUUGGUAUACACGUAGGUGAUAAUUUUGAAGAUUCAAUUAUCUCUGAAUAUGAACCGGCAUUUGUACAUUUUAUUGAUAUGUGGAGAAGACGUGCAUCAAAUGUAAUUGAAGUGAAACCACUGACAACUGGUUAUACAUCACUAAUUGACGGACAGUUGAUAUGUUGGAAACAAACAUCAAAUGUGGAUAAUAUCUGCGCGUCAACGUCAAAUACUUAUCAUUUUCGUGUUGAAGGGAAACGUAUCAACUGUUAUACCCCGGGAAUGUCAAAGUUAUUAACAUGAAAGAAGCGUUCUAUGUAUCUCUGUUAACUUUUAUGUAAAUAUAUUAUUAUUUUUGGUAUUUCAUAAUCUUUUUGUUA